AUGACUUCCCAAUCAAUCGUCCUCAUCUCCGGUUCAAACCGGGGUCUCGGCUACGAAACAGCCAAGAAUCUGCUUCUGUCAGGCAACUACCACAUUAUCAUCGGUAGUCGAGACCGCUUGAAGGGCGAGGCAGCCGUCGACUCUCUCCGCUCACUGCCUGGCAUCCAUGGCACCGUGUCAACAGUCCAGCUAGACGUGACGGACGAUCACUCCGUCGAUGACGCAAAAGCACGUAUUGAAUCGGAUUUCGGCCAUCUGGACGUGCUCGUGAAUAAUGCAGGCAUCUACCUCCUCAACCCGGAGGUUGUUCGUGACGCCCUACGGCUUACUCUGGAGACCAACGUCACGGGUGCAGCGAGUCUGACAGAAGCACUGCUUCCUCUGCUGCUGAAGUCCGCGAACCCCCGGUUGAUCUUUGUGAGUUCCUCCAAUGGAUCGAUGACGUAUAAUCUCGAUCCAAUCUCACAUCAUGGCGGCACUCAUGCUACGGAGCAUCGCGUAGCCAAAGCUGCACUCAAUAUGCUACUAGUGCAGUACCAUAUGAAGCUGAGGAGCGUUAAAGUGCUGGGUGCAGAUCCAGGGUUUUGUGCAACUGAUGUCAUUGGAGAUGCGGACGCGUUGCGCAAAAUGGGCGCGACGGAGCCGGAGGUUGGGGCGAAGAUUAUCGCCUCCGUGGUGAAAGGAGAGAAGGACAAUCAGCCGGGCAGAGUGCAUGGCCCUCAGGGCGUAGUGCCGUGGUAG